AUGUCAGAGAGCGCUACAAGCAGAAAGACGCCCAGUGAAACCCAUUUCAAAAAGCGUCUUCGAGAGUGGUGUGGUCUAUUUAUUACGGUGCACGACAAAAGGGCCUACUUUCUCCAUCAGACGGCGAGGGAAUUUCUCCUCCCUAUCGCAGUUUGCCUGUCGGGUCCUACUAUUACCAAAAUAUGGGCGCAUAUUUUGGAUAUCUACCAAGCACAUGCGGUUCUUGCGGAGUCCUGUACGGUUUAUCUUAACCUCCCAACAGAGAGGAAGGUGGUAACCGAGAUGUUGGACUAUUCCGCCCAACAUUGGAGUUCUCACUUCCGCGAAGCUGAUGUCGAAAAUGCUGUCAUUAUAUCUUUCGCGUCAAAUAUUUGUAAUCCAAACUCGAACCAUUAUGCAGCGUGGUCUGAAAUUUAUCGUCAAUUUACCAGGGGCUUACCGAAAAAUGCUACAAAUCUCAUUUUAGCGUCGCAUUUUGGGCAUAAAGGGGUGGUUCGGAUGCUUGUCGAUACAGGCAAAGUCGACGUCGAUGCGAAAAAUAAACAUGGCCGAACGCCGCUGUCAUUGGCUGCGAUGAGAGGGCACGAAACCGUGGUUCGGAUGCUGCAUGAAUUUAUCUAUAACAGGUCUAGGCAUGACCCAAUCCCAACUGGUGUUUCUUCUUUGCUUCCAAACUCAGACCCGGGGCUGGCUGUUGGCCGGCUCACUGCAUUAAAAAAGCGCUUUGCAACCUACCAUCCUACGCCUAACCCGCAACUGUCGCCUCUCAAAUACAUUCGAAGCUUUUAA